AUGGCCGCACAGGGGGUCGAAAUAAACACUGUUACCUACAACUCCCUCCUCGAUGUCUGUGCUCGAGUGGGGGCAAUGGACCGCGCGGCUUCACUGCUGGAUGACAUGCUGCAGAAGGGCGUUCAGCCAGACUUGAUAACAUUUAGCACCAUCAUAAAGGGAUACUGCGCCCACGGGCAGAUGGACAAAGGCCUCCUCUUGCUCAAGGCAAUGAAGCAGAAAAACAUAAACCCAGAUGGUGUCCUGUAUAACUCGCUCCUCGAUGGAUGCGUGCGCUCUGGUUACAGGGCGGCUUACAACGUCUUGCAGAUUAUGCGCCGAGAAGGGGUAGCAGCUGACAGUAAGACUGUGAGCACCAUUGUUUUCGGUUGCCUCAAGGGGAGAAUGCAUGCCCAGGCAGUCGAGGUUGUAUUAAAUGCCCUCGAGACUCUGCGUGAUGCGAACUCCCGAGGUCCAGGCCGCCACCCACCCCGUGGCCGUCAUGCAAACGUGGGGACGAAUCGUAAACAAGACCUCCCGGCGAUCGACGAGAAGACCGUUCGUCUUCUGGUGUACCAUCUGAGAGAGCAGCAUAUGCAUCACGAGUGUACUUUGGUUCUGGACACAGCGGUGAGCGUUGGCCUCAUGAAUCGCGCCACAGCUCAGUCUCUACUGUCAGGUGAAGGAGCCUCCGGUCGCAGGAAUCCCGUGAUCUCGUCCGCUGCCCCCAAUGGAGCGUUCGCUCCACCGCAGCCUCUCAGCCGCCAACAGCACGUGUUAGCCAACUCUCCGCCAGUAGGCGCGUGUCUCACAGGGAUUCGCGGAGGUCAGCAGCAAACAAACUCGCACUGGAACGAGGCACGGGGAGUCCGCCGUCUUCCUUCUGGACGUCAAGGGGGUCCCGCUCACCGUAGCAGCCAAGGCGGGGCAAAGGAAGGACAGCCGUUCCCCGCUGAGAGCUAUCUGAGAUUUAGCACAACUCAAGAGAACACGAUCGGCUCCGUACAACCAUGGUACAUCGAUCCGCCGCCCUCCCAGACCCUUUCCCCAGAUCCAGUGAGGCCUCAGGCGGUGAGCACGCUGCAUUCAGGGGCUGAAGGCAAACAACGGCCCCUCACUUCGCACCUGCAAGACCCGCUGCAGUUCCAUACUGCUGGGCUUUUGGGAGAUCUGCCAAUGCAGCACCUUCUUCACCUGCCGAUCAACGGAAGCAUUCUAACCGGAGGGAAUGCAGGGGACUUGGCCACUUCCAUAGCUCCCAGUGGCCAAACGCUAACUCUGGGGGCUUCACCUUACUUGACUGAGGAGGGCAUUUCAACGCAAGGGGCUAAAUUGCACUCUUCUCUCUCCGUGGAUUUGUAUGGACCCGGGAAGGUCAGCGAGUCUAGCUGUAUUUGGGGCGCGCCGGCUCCCGGGGAUACAACACCGUCAGCAACGGGCUGCGGCCUCCUUGCAAUGCCAUCGGCCGUGGCCUGCCCACCGCCUCACGCGGUGGAGGUACCCAGCAAUAGUAACGCUCUUCUUGGGGCGGGAGGUCCAUUUUUCAAUGAAGAUUACCACCUUUCGGAAUUGCCCCUCUCGUCGCCUGGUUUCCCUUGUGAGGGCUCGCUACAGCCCUCUUGCACUACGGCUCCUUUGUUUCAGUAA